AUGCUAUCCUCUCCAGCGGCCAUUGGCGCUGCUCUUUUAACCGUGCUCCAUCUCCUCGUCGGCUCUGCCGUAGCAGGUCCUCUUGCAUCGCCCAAGCGCGGUCUUGUCUACGUUCCGAACAACUCAACACGCCAGGACGAUUACAUAUGGACCCAGCAACCAAGCGACUUGACGUGGUACUACAACUACGAGGCAAGCCCGUCACCGGUAUAUAGCAAAAUUUCGCAGUCUUCUUUCGAAUUUGUGCCCAUGCUAUGGGGUGCCCCCGACAACCUGAGCGAUACCACCUUCCUGAAGACAGUGAGGAGCCUGGUCAAAGACAAGGGGAUAAACAUCAGCCAUGUCAUGGCUUUCAACGAACCUGAUGGCUCUAUGGGCGCUCACGGAGGGAGCAAUAUUGACCCCGACAAAGCGGCCCAGGUGUGGGUGAAGAACAUCAUCCCUCUACAGGAGAUGAAUCUGCGCGUGGGCUUGCCGGCGUGUACGGGCGCCCCCUCCGGGCUGCAGUGGCUGAAGGCCUUUCUGGACAGCUGCUCCAAGCUCGUCAGUACCGACGGCAAGACGACGAACUGCACCUUUGACUUUGUCCCAAUACAUUGGUACGGCAAUUUUGAUGGGCUGGCCAGCCAUUUGGGCGAAUAUUCUGCCGAGUUCCCGAACAAAACCAUGUGGGUCACCGAGUUCAAUUUUGACAACCAGGACUUGGAGACGACACAGGCAUUUUACAACAUGUCAACCGAGUACAUGGAUCGCCUCGACUCAGUCGGCCGGUAUUCUCUGUUUGGUGCCUUUCGAAGUGACGUGUCCAACGUCGGCCCCAAUGGCGCAAUGCUGACUGCUGAGGGCAACCUGACCGACAUUGGUGCUUGGUAUCUUGGUCGACCAGCGACCGGCGUCAGCCCGAAGCCCACAUCCCUUGCCCUGCAAAUCGUCGCCCCGCAAGCAACUGUCGCCCUUGGUGCCAUUUUUGCCACAGUUUCCCUGCUGAACUUUUAG